CUCCCGCUGUCAGUUACACGUGCGAUAAAACGUCAAAACAAAAAUUUAUUUUUUUAUUGAAAGUACGAAAUUUAUUUAAAAGAAGAAAAAUCUUAACUUUAUUAACUAAUUACACCGAUUAAAUAUGGAUAUUCAACUAAAUAUUAAUAACAAUGUUGUAGCAGAUCGCAGUAAAAUAAAGAAAACCCUGCUUGUAAAAAAACCCAAAAUAAUCGCCAAGAAAUCUUCCAAAAACCAUGCUCCAGCAGGGUUUUCAUUUGAUUCACAACCUUCCAAAGUUAAAGCAAUUGUUGCUCGACGUCGUCCACAAAAGACUAAUGAACCAACAAAAUCGAGUCCGCUAGAAACUCCUCCCAGGCGGCCCAUGGUAUUAAGACCACCUGAUACCACCGCCGAGGAUAAACAACAUACACAAGGUGAACUUAUGUUGAAUAUAGUUUCAGGUGUUCCAAAACCAAAACCACAACAAAAUAAAUCGAAAUCAUCUCGUUUCGACCGAAAGAGCAAAAAAGAGAAUUACAAAAAGGACAACCACAAAAAUGACAACAAUAAAAUCAAUCCAUUCACUAAGAGAGUUCUGUCCAACAAAGAAAUCGAUGAUGGAAUUCGUAAAUUCUCUCAAAAUCCUAACAAAAGACAAACUAAUGAUAAUAAAGAUGAUGAUAAAUCACAGCAAAAUGGCAACUCAAAGCCAGUUAAGAAGGUUUUCCGACCAAGCGAUCGGGCAGUGAGUAAAAUCAAACUUUUUACUAAUAAUCCCGAGACAAAAGUUCUUGGUCAGAGACUUGUUAAACCUCUAACUGAGAAAAUCUUCACUGGCACACCAGUGUCAUCGAUUGACCUUCAUCCACAUUGUAUCAAAAAUUUGGCUGACAUUCUCAACAUCACAGAGUUGACGACAGUCCAACAGAAAACCAUACCCGAAGCUAUCAAAGGCAAGGAUGUCCUCGUGCGUUCUCAAACUGGGUCUGGUAAAACUCUUGCCUAUGCUUUGCCUGUAGUCCAAAAGUUGCAAGAGAUUCGCCCUAAAAUCACUAGAGACGAUGGAAUUCUAGCUGUGAUUAUUGUGCCAACCAGAGAAUUGGCAAUGCAAACUUAUGAACUGUUUGUAAAACUCCUUAAACCAUUCACUUGGAUUGUCCCAGGUAUUCUUAUAGGAGGCGAACGAAGAAAGGCCGAAAAGGCUCGUUUGCGUAAGGGAAUCAAUAUAUUAGUUGGAACACCCGGCCGUCUUGUCGACCAUUUGCUUCAUACUGAAUCUUUUAAACUGGACAAAUCCAAAUUCUUUGUCCUAGAUGAAGCUGAUAGGCUUCUUGAAAUGGGUUACGAACGCGAUGUGAAGCAAAUUGUUGAUGCUAUUGAUGAACAGAGACAGAAAGCUGCUGCUGAAGGUAAAAAACUUGAUAACCUUCAACGGAUGUUACUAUCAGCUACUCUUACAUCUGCUGUACAGAAAUUAGCUGGUCUAACAUUGAAAGAACCACUAUUUAUUGAUAAUAAGGAUGAAGAUCCUGCGACUACAGUUCAGAAAAUGAUUGGUGGAGAGAUGCCAGAUGUAGAUGAGGAGGGAGCUCUUGUGAUUCCGGAGAAUUUGCAAAUGAGUUUUGUUGUUGCUCCAACUAAAUUGAGAUUGGUUACAUUGUCUGGAUUGUUGGCCAAAGAGUUGCAAAAAAAGAAUUUUAAAGCGAUGGUGUUUAUGUCGACAAUGGAAAUGGUGAAUUUUCAUCAUGAUUUGAUGAAUGAACAGUUGACACAGAAAGUACUCGAUGAUGAAGAUGAACCUAAUGAAGAUGAAGAUGAUGGUGAUGAGCCGUUGCUGAAGGGAAUGCGAUUCUUUAAAUUGCAUGGUUCGAUGACACAAAAUGAAAGACAAGGAGUUUUUAAUGCUUUUAGAGAUGCUAAGGCUGGUGUACUUUUAGCAACGGAUGUUGCUGGUCGUGGAUUAGAUGUUCCUGAAGUGAACCUUGUCAUUCAAUACUCUCCACCUCAAAAAGUAUCAGAUUUUGUUCAUCGAGUUGGACGAACUGCUCGCGCUGGCAAAAGCGGUCGAGCCAUUCUUUUCCUAACACCAAGUGAAACAAAUUUUAUUCGAUUUUUAGAAGACAAAAGGAUAAGAAUUUCACAAGUUGACAUGGAUGUUUAUUUAAAUGCUCUAGUUGAAGCUGAUUCAGAAGCGAGGAAUAUUCAAGAAGCUGCUUCGAAUCUGCAGCAUAAAUUCCAAGAACUAUUAGCUGAUGAUAAAGAAAUGCAUGACAAAGCUUGUAAAGCAUUUGUAUCCUGGAUGAAGUUCUAUUCAACAUUUCCUAAACAACUUAAACCAAUUUUUAAUAUCAAAGUUGCCCAUAUGGGUCAUUUUGCCAAAAGUUUUGGCCUGAAGGAUGAACCAACAUCAUUUACAAAGAAACAUGCAACUCCAAAAGCACCACCACCAACAAAUAGAUUAACAUACACUGAAAGGAAUCCUGAAAAACUUAAAGAAGAAAAGAAAACUAGAAAACGAUUAUACGCAACAACUGUUACUGGACCAAUGCCAAAUAGACUAAAUAAAUUCGCUACGAAUUCAAGGACACUUACAACAUCUGAAUAUGGCAGUGGACUACCGGAAAUUAAAAGAAAAAAAUAGAAAACGAGGAAUUUAUUUGUUGUGAAAACUUUAUUGUUAAAUAUGUAAUUUUUAUGAAUUUAAUAUAUUUUACAUUAUUAAAAUGUAAUUUUAAAGUCAUAAGAAAUAUAACUAGAUACUGAAAACAAA